CAGAACGGGUAGUUACAGCAUUGUCUCCAGCUGGACAAAACCACUCAAUUAUCGAUCUAGUGAUCUCCCCUUGGCGGCUGGCUAUCUCUCUCUCUUCCCCCAAGCUUCUCUUGUUGACUCCCACAGGCGUCAAUCCCGAGAGCUGAGAUUUCUGUUAUCUCCCAAAUCCCAGGAAUCUCAACUGCAAAAUCCUAAUGCCGGGCUUCUAGAAGCCUUCAAGUAGAGAAAUGGGUUCUCUUCCAACAUCCUUUAUUAUGAUUAUCUUAAUACUCUCCUUCACUUUCAAUCUCAUCCCCAUCACACACUCUGUUCCCUUCAUAGUUUUGCACGGUAUUGGUGAUAAAUGCACUAAUCGGGGGAUCACUCGCUUCACUGAGCUCUUAAGCAAUUGGUCUGGUGCUCCAGGAUAUUGCCUAGAGAUUGGAGAUGGAUCAUGGGAUUCUUGGACUAUACCCCUUCAUGAACAGACGGCAACUGCUUGUGAGAAGGUGAUGAGUAUGAGUGAGCUCGCCAAUGGUUACAACAUUGUUGGGCUUUCUCAGGGGAACAUGCUUGGUCGAGGAAUUAUUGAAUUUUGUGAAGGAGGACCUGCUGUUAAGAAUUUUAUUUCACUGGGAGGUCCCCAUGCUGGUACUGCUUCAGUUCCAUUCUGUGGAUCUGGCCUUGUAUGCAUUCUUGUGGAUGCUUUAAUUCGGUUAGAGAUCUACAGCAGCUAUGUCCAGGAACAUUUGGCUCCUAGUGGCUACCUCAAAAUCCCAACUGACAUUGCUGACUAUCUGAAAGGGUGCAAGUUUCUUCCCAAACUUAACAAUGAAAUCAUAAAAAAUUCUACUUACAAGGAACGUUUUGCCAGCUUAGAGAAUUUGGUUUUAAUCAUGUUUGAGCAGGAUACAGUUUUGAUACCAAAGGAAACCUCCUGGUUUGGAUAUUAUCCAGAUGGGGCCUUUACUCCUGUUCUGCCUGCACAAGAGACUAACCUCUACACUGAAGACUGGAUUGGGUUUAAAACACUGGAUGAAGCGGGAAAAGUUAAAUUCAUUAAUGUCUCUGGGAAUCACCUUGAAAUCUCGCGAAAUGAUAUGAAGAAGUAUAUAGUACCCUAUUUGGAGGGCCAAGCAUCGUACCAGCAGAUAAAAACGGAACCUUCAUCUUGUAGAUGGGUUUCAUCAAUCAGGAACUUCUUUAUUGACCUAUUUGGGCUUACUGAGGAUCAAGCUUUGCUGCAUAUUCUGUAAGCACCUUCAUUUGCUCAAGAAUUAAUUGUUUUGGGGGAGGAGGGGAAUGGAGAAAUUAUACCUUUUAUUCUUCGUGCAUAAUUUCCAGUAGAGAAAAAAAAAAGCCCUGUAUAUCCCAUCUGAUGGUUUUAUGAUGUAUGCCUCCGCUUCCAAACAAUGCAAUUGAUGCUAUGAUCUAUGGCAAGUUAUUAGCUAAACCCAUGAACUGUAGUUGUAUGCGUACAAUGAAAUGUUACAGUUGAGUUGAUUUCUGAA